UUUCCCUUAUUUUAUUUUAUUUCCCUAUAAAAAGCAAGCAUAGUUAUAACGACAGGAAAUAAAUCACAAAGCAAAGUUUCACUGAAAGAUUUCCAAUGGCACAAGUAAAAUUCAAUAUAGGUCUUGUUUUGGUUACAUUAACCUUGCUCUAUGCAAGUGGUACGGCACAAUCAAGUUGCACGAAUGAGAUAGCGAGUCUCUUAUCGUGCCUAGAUUACGUCACCGGGAACUCAUCAGCACCAACUAUAGGGUGUUGCACACAACUUGCUAAUGUUGUGAAAUCACAACCAGAAUGUCUUUGCUUGAUUAUUGGCGGGAAAGGAUCAUCACUGGGGAUUAACCAAACCCUAGCUCUUGCCUUACCUGCUGCUUGCAAUGUGCAGACCCCACCCGUCAGUCUAUGCAAAACCAAUCCACCAGCUGGAUCCAGAACCGUGCCACUAACAGACAGUGGCUCAUCCGGGGGAAAUUCCGUCAAGCUAUCAACCCCUAUGUUGUUCGUUACUUUUGCAGCAACAUAUAUAUGCUUCAACUUCCAGGACAUACUGGCUUAUUGUUUUUUUCGUUCAUAUAGAUCUCCCAUUUAGUUUCUUCUAAUAUAUUCAGUUUUGUGACCGCAAGAUAUUUGGUUGUGCAGUGUUGCAUUGUGUGGUCUUGUGAGAAACAUUGAUGUAGAACUGUGCAGUUUCUUCUCAAUAAUACUAUUGAAUCGAGCGAGAAAAA